AUGAAUUUUCCAAUUGAAGAAUCUGAUAAUUCUACGAGUUCAGUUGAAGAUGGCAAGAUCAAGCAGACUCAACUUAAAAUUCAAUUUCACAGUACAAGAAAAGGGGAUCUCGAAACAAUCGAAUCCUAUGUGAAAAAAUUGAGAUCCAUAGCCAAUUCUGUAGCAGAAAUCGACAGUCCGAUCUCAGAUUCAGACAUGGUGUUGCAACUUCUUGCUGGUUUGCCUAUUCAAUACUUGCUCCUCAAAAACACAAUAUCAUCAAAGUGCCCUCUUCCCACUUUUGGAGACGCUUGUUUCAUGGUGUACAAGCAAGAAGGCAUAUUAUUAAAGGACCAGGAGGAGCAGUCGUCUUGUUUUCCAAAAGAGGAAUCGGAUAGUUCCAUUAAAGAUGAUCAAAUCCGGCGAGCCCAACUGCAAAUUCAAUUUCACGGAACCAGAAAAGAGGAUUUUCAGUCCAUUGAAGCCUAUGUGAAAAGAUUGAAGUCCAUCGCCGAUUCUCUAGCAGAAAUCGGCGAUCAGAUCUCAAAUACAGACAAGGUGUUGCAACUUCUUGCUGGUUUGCCUAUUCAAUACUUGCCCCUCAAAAACACAAUAUCAUCAAUGCGUCCUCUCCCCGAUUUUGAAGAAGCUUCUUCCAUGUUGUACAUGCAAGAGGACAAAUUAUUACAGGAUCGUGAGAAGAAAUUCAAAGCUGAUGCUGGUGGUGCUGGUGCUGGUGCUGGUGCAGAGCAAUCGUCUGGUUUGUUUACCGCAGAUACGUUCUUUACUGUAGUGGAUACAGUGGGUGUUGUUGUUGGUGCAGUUGGUGCAGUAGGUACUAUCUGCGCUGGAGUUGGUAUAUUGGGUACUGCCGUUGGUGCAGUUAGUACUGUGAAUGCAACCAGGAUGCUUGUAGGUAGUGCAAUAACUGUCGUUGUGGGCUGGAAAAUUUGGCAACGCAAGUAAUUUAUCUGGUUGAUUUCUCGUAUAAUCACUUAAAUAAUAAUAGUUGAAUUGUUAGUUUAGUUUAAA